UCUGAAGACCUUAGGAUCAGUUAAUCAAUUAUUGUUUAAUUUAAAACAUAUACUCAUUAGGGAAUAGCUGGCAAUAUCUUUACUACUUAGACAGUAAAGAUGAGUUUUAAAACUCUAACAUUGCUACUUCUUGCUUUCGCCACUUUCCAAAUCGAGUGCAGUGUAGUUCCAUUUAGAUACACUCAAAUAGCACCCCCAAAUAUCCGACCAUUUGCUGCUCAAGUCAGUACAUUCACUAGAGGACUUAACGUACUAGCAGCACCUUUAGCCGCUGGAGUUUUAAAUCCCCCAGCUAUAGUAACCAGAAACAUUGUUCCAGGUUUACCUUUCACAGACCCUGUAGCCUUACCUGCGCCUGUUGCAGCUCCUUUAGUACAUGCGCAUUCGCCUGUUGUAUCUGCACCCUUUGCAGCCCCUGCUGUAUUUCCUGCUCCAGCCGCUUUUUCAGCACCAUUUGCAGCACCUGUAGCUCCAGUAGGUGUUAUUCCUGGACCACCUGCGCAUGUGUUGCCAGUACCGAAUGCUAGAUCGGUGCAUGCAGUAGCUCCAGCAGCAGCACCAGUUUUAUGGUAGUAAAAUGAUAGUUUUAUAUUAGAUAUUUUCAAUCUAUAGACUGAAAAUUAUGUUUUUUUACAUGCAUAAUUAUUGUGAUAUUGAUAUAUUGAUAAAUAUAUUUCAGUUUUUUUAAAUGAA